CAGCAUCUCUCUUUUUCCACGCAAACAGCCAAAUAAAAGAAGAAGAAGAAGGAAAACAGAGACAGAACUCCAUGGAAGAAGAGCUUCACCAAGCAGCCCUGAAGGGCUCCGUACCUGCUCUCCUCGAACUCCUCAGACAACACCCUCAUAUCCUCAACGGCACCCCAUCUCUCUCCGACACCCCCUUACACGUCGCCGCCAUUCUCGGCCACUCCGCCUUCGCCGCCGAGUUACUCACCCGGAGCCCCGAACUCGCCUCCCGGCUCAACCUCCAAGGCUCCUCGCCGCUCCACCUGGCAGCAGCAAAAGGGUGCGUGGAGAUAGUCAAGAGUCUGGUGCUGGUCAACGCUGAUCUGGGCUUGGUCUGGGAUCGGGAUGGGUUGACUCCUCUGCAUCUGGGGGUGAUCAAGGGCCGGGUUGGGGUGGUGGCCGAGUUGGCCCGGGUUAGACCGGAGGCGGCUCGGGUGUUGACUCAGGGAGGGGAGAGUGGGUUUCACUUGUGUGUGAAGCAUCAUAGGUUUGAGGUGUUGAAGGUUUUGGUGGGGUGUGUUGGGAAAGAUGAUGACUUUGUGAAUUGGAGGGAUGGGGAUGGCAACACUGUUUUGCAUGUGGCUGUGGCCAAGAAGCAAUUAGAGGUGAUAAAUUACUUGCUGGAUAAUACAAAGAUCGAAGUAAAUGCCCAAAAUUCAAAUGGCUUCACCGCAUUGGAUGUCUUAUCGCAUAGUACUAGAGAUUUACGAGACUUGGAAAUCAAAGAAUCCCUUCAAUAUUCCGGAGCUUCAAAAUUUAUUAAGAAGGCACCGUCUGUUAUGUUUGAUCAAGAUACAGUGCAAGUUCCUACCACAAUGCAGCCACUGAUGUCAAAGAGGAGGAGUUUAAGGCAACUAGUAUUUAAGCCGAAGCAGAAAGAAGUUGAUUGGUUGGGUAGGAAACGAAGUUCGUUAAUGGUUGUGGCUUCACUAAUUGCUACAGUGGCAUUUCAGUCUGCAAUAAACCCGCCAGGUGCUGUUUGGCAGUCGGACUAUCUGGAAGAUAGCAAUGGCAACCCUGUGGAUAAACCACACCAUGCUGGGCAGUCAGUGAUGGCCGAUACAGAACCAAGUCUGUAUGGACUGUACAUGAUUUCCAAUACACUUGCUUUCCUUUCAUCACUGAGCAUAAUUCUAUUACUUGUGAGUGGAUUGCCUAUGAAGCGGCGCAGAUGGAUGUGGAUUCAGAUGGUGAUCAUGUGGGUUGCAAUCACAGCGCUAACAGCUACGUAUUUUAUUGGACUGAUAUUUAUGACACCACAACAGCAGAAGGGGGGUUACCUGUAUCAUGUGACCCAAGUUUCUGUGCUUGUAUGGAUGGCACUGAUGGGGAUCGUGUUUUUUGGUAAUGUUGUUCGGGCAGCAAGAUGGCUACUUAGAAAGUAUGGAUGCAUGAAGAAGAAACCUAGAGAUGAUUCGCUUGAUGAAGAUUAUGACAUUGAUGACCUUUGAAAGAGGAGAUUAAGCUACGAUGUCCGAGUCUGGAAAUGCUGGUCUUCUUGUUGCAACGGAGGUAUCUUCUCCAAAUUAGGACAUCCUUUUCUCAUUUUCCUUCAGAAAAUCAGUUACAUGCAGAUGAUGUUCAAGUCGUUUGAAAGGCGUGUAUUGCAAUUAUUUUUCUUGAAUAUAGUUGCUACUUCAGUGUGUCAAUAUACAUCACUCCUGUAAAUCAUGCGUGAGAAUUUUAUAGCAGCAGCGGCUGCGGAAGUUUUGAUAGUGUAAAAUCUGUUCAUAGCGCAUUGGCUGGGAAGAGUGAUUGAAAAUGGCAGUUGUAUACUUCUGUACUUGCUUUACAAAACAAGUUCUUUCAUUCCUAUAUUGAAAUUAUUGAGAAUAAUCCGUGUUAUUCACGGUUUGGCAGUA